AUGGCGACUAAGCAAACUCUGCAAUCCAAACAUAAACUGCUAUCGGGCCAUGAGAUCCCGAUCAUGGGCUUUGGGGUGUAUAUGAUUCCCCAAUCCGCAACCGAGAAAGUAACCCAAGAAGCCCUCAAGGUCGGGUUCCGCCAUAUCGAUUCUGCGAUUAUGUACGGAAACGAGAAGGGCUGCGGUCAGGCCAUUCAGAACUCCGGCCUCGACCGAUCCGAGAUCUUUUUGACUACCAAGAUCCCUCCGGGAUCAAUGGGCUACAAGGCAACGGCGCGAGCUAUCGACAAGAGCCUACAAGAAGCUGCUACGGAGUACUUUGAUCUCAUUCUACUUCACGCACCCUAUGGUGGAAAAGAAGCCCGACUAGGUUCUUGGCGUGCCUUGGUCGAGGCUCAGAAAGCAGGCAAAGUCCGGUCCAUCGGAGUAUCCAACUACGGCAUCCACCACCUCGAAGAGCUAGAGGAGUACGUCCUGAAUGGUGGGGGCGGCGAACUUAGCGUCGGACAGUGGGAGCUGCACCCGUGGCUGGAUCACUCUGAUAUUACAGAGUGGUGUAAGAGCCGCGAUAUUAUAGUAGAAGCAUACUCGCCUCUUGCGCAUGGAGAGAGAUUGCGCGAGCCUGUUUUGGCAAGUAUUGGGAAGAAGUAUGGGAAGUCGCCGGCCCAGGUAAUGAUUCGUUGGAGUCUGCAGAUGGGAUUUGUGCCUUUGCCCAAAUCUAAGACGCCGCAGCGGAUCCGUGAGAAUACCGAAGUGUUCGACUUUGAGCUUUCAGAUGAGGAUAUGGCGCUGCUUGAUACGGGUGAAUACUCGCCUACUGACUGGGAUCCGACUGUUGAUGAGGAUUGA